UUACAGAAAAGAUACAGUAUGUCAGCCCUGCCCUCCAGGCACUUACUCAAAGAGGUCAUCAAGAUUUGAAAAGUGUAAACCUUGGACGAAUUGUACUGCAUUGGGAUUAAUGACGAGAGAAGAUGGGAAUGCAAGCAAGGAUGCAAGGUGUGGAGAUCGUGUACUUCCCCAACAAGCAACGCCAACACCAACAUCUGGUCCAGCGCAUAACACAUCUGCUACCAGGCCCAUGGUCACUCCCACAGCAGCUGCAACAGUUCCACAAAACAGUAGCCAUGAAGAGACUACCACCAAUACUGCCACUCUUGCUAGCACAACGUUAAGUUCAACUGCAGUUACAUCAACGCCAACAAGUUCACAGAUCACCACUCCUGACAGGGACAAAAGCACAACUACAGAGAACAGUUCUGGUGAAGACUGGCAGGUUAGUCCAAACAUCCAACCUACCAUAGCAGCGAGUGACGUAGCCAUCAUCCUGACGUCUGCAAUCAUUCUUGUGCUGCUUUUCAUCAUCGUGUUUAUCAUAUGGUAUUACUAUAAGAAGAUGGGAGAACGGGAGAAGAUUGAUGGUGUACCACCAAUAGUGGCUGUUCCUCCACAACAACUUGAUGGACUUGAUGAUGAAGGUCAAGAUUUAAACCCACAAGCUCUCCAGGAACUGAAUGAACAGCAGGCCUUGCUACCAGGAAUGGAACAUGGGGAGGGGGAGUUGGAGCCAAAUGAUAACGAGCAAGCCAGAGGGGAACAAAACCAACGGGGAGUCCAGAUAUAUGUACCCACAGCCACUGGGGCUCUGGAGGGGCAGCAAUUUAAUCUUGGAGUGUACCAAGACCAACGCUGUCUAUUUGAUGCAAGAACCCAGACAGUUCAACUUCUUUGCCCUAACGCUACAGUGCACAGUACUAGUGUUCACCAUCACAACUUUGGAAGCCCAGAAUUUGUGCAAAUAGGAACAAGCAAUACUAUUAACCAGAGUGCAAACACAACAGAUGCAGCAAAUCCAGAGUCUACUGACUCAGAAGUCACUGACUCUUGAGUUUAAGGAAAACAAGGCUUGAUGUAAUUUAUAGCCAUGACAGCAUAAAUACCUGUGUUUAUAUACGGCAAGGCUUUGGCUCAGGGUUGAAAGCCAUCAUUGUAACUAUGCAGUACAUAUACAAUGCAACACGGUGUAUUCCGUAUCACCCGAGGUUCCAGCCUGACCGCGGGUUGGGUCGC